GAUUAAAUCUAUGUUGUAGCAGGAAUGUUGAUUAGUAGAGUGGAGGAAGAGGAAGGGCUUGUAAAUGGGCAAGAAGCAACUGAAAAUAGCGUCGACGACUCACACGAUUACCAGACUGCGAGCGAGUUAUUUGACCUAAUGGCAAAGAAAUACAACUACCAGAGCCAUGAAACAGAAUCCCUUACCGCUCGGGACCUCAUUUUAUUAUAUAAAAACAUAGACUUAGGAACUAAACUAAUGUCUAGUGCUAACGAAAUUAAAAGAAAUGUGCCCAACCAAUACGUUGAAACCGUUGUGUACCGCGAAGACUCUGAAUCGGACCUCAGCGAAAUUUGCAGUAACGAAGAUUUGCACAACGUAGUUUUAAUUAACAAAGAACGGUUAGAUUUAUUGCAAAACAGCUCGUCAACAUUCGGUAAUACCCUAUGUCAUAAGUUUGGCAAUCUAGAAAUUCAUUCAUCCAACUUAGCCAAGCAGUAUGAAAGGACUUUUAUCAUGAAGGAUUCAUUUAACAAUUUACAAGGUUUAAAUCUAAUGUCUUCAUCGAAAGGUUUGGAUAGCAUGGUACUUCCCGGUUCGAUAUUUGAUUAUAUAAGUUGUAAGCGGUUAGAAGAUAAUAGCUAUAGCUUUUAUAUGGACAGCGUUAUUAGAUAUGUGAACAACACUAUAGAUCACCUAAAACGAAUCAGUAACGGGGAGUACUUAACCGAUAAAGCAAAGAAAAAAUGGAAGGAAGUUGAUCGAGUUAUAAAAGACAGCGAAAGUAACAAAAGCAUUGUCCUUUCUAGCUCUGUAAGUAUUCCUUUGCACGUCGAACCAAAACUAAUUAAAAAUAUUAGUACCUGGGAAGACAUAGCACAUUCAGAAGUCAAUCUCAAGUCACUCUCUAAAAUAUUGGAAAAGAAGAUCGUGGUUGAAUUUCCUAACACUAUUUGUGGCUCCUUUAAACUGUUUAAUAAAUGUUUCGACAAUUUGGUGACAAGACCUAAGAAAAAGCAGCAGGCAGUAUUGUACCACAAUGAUGAGGAACGAGAAUCCAGAGUAAAUGUAGUACUGCAAUUGAAACAUUCCAAAUCUGGACAAGUGACGAAUACUAUCAGUUCAGUAAUGAUUUUGCACAAAAAUAUGGAUAACGAUUGCACUUCGAAAGUUUUACCAUUACCAUACGAGGACUGUAAUACAGAAAAUAUAAUAAUUGACAAUCAAGAACCAAAAAUAUGCAAAAUCGAGGAAAAUCUAAUUCGGAAUAUAGAAGCAUCUAACGAUUGUAAUGAAAAUGGAACCUUGCUUGGAGACGAAAACACUGAUGAGAAUAGAAAGAACUUAGACGAUACAGUGACUUUAUCCUCUAUUGAUCACAGUGUUGACGGGAGCAGUGAAAUAGAGUAUACCACAGGCUAUGGGUCGUCACCGACAGAACAUUUGUCUACCUAUCCAGGAUCGAGCGAAUCUAGUUUGUUAGGCACCGGUUAUAAGCGGCAUAAUCGGUUUAAAGUGGCAUCUUUCAAAGCAUCAUCAGAUGAUUAUUUAAAGCUAACCAUUCAGAGAUUGAGCACACAAGGCUGUCUACCCGAAGAGUCCCUAGAAGAACUCGCAUGUGGAUUUAAUAAGAAAAAUACACCGACCAGAAACCGUUUGAAAUCUCCAUACGAGAACAAAUCUCACGCAAUAGAAGAAAGAAAAAGAAAGAAACUGUUGGAAAUAAGACAAAGACGUGAAAAGAAAAAGAUGGCCAUGAUUGAAACCUACAAGGCAUCUAAAAACAAACACGGCAGGGAAUUUAUAUCUCAGCCUUCGAAUUCCGUUACUAAAUUGUCAAUAACCAACAAAUCAUUCUACAAUUCUAUAUACGGUCAAUCGCCCAAUGAUAGGCAACUGAAGAUAAAGAAUCGUAAACAGAAGAAAGACUUUUCUUUUGAAGAAGCUUCCGACAUUGAAAAGGAAAACGCAGAUGACAUUACUACGCCAGACUUAAAUUGUCAAAAAUAUAUAAACAAAAAUUACUUUUUAGACGAUACAGUUACAGAAAUGAUGUAUAUAGAAAUGAAUCAAAAAGAACCGGACCGGCAAGAACCUAAGUCAGAAUCUUUAUUAUUGAAUGAUUUUAACUCAAAAUUAGAUAUACUGAGUCAAUUAAUUACACCUUCUAUUACUGAUUUGGGUGUGCCGGAUACGGUAUCAAACAUUCCAUUCGAAGAUUACUCAAGAUUCGAAGUACAUGACGUAACGGAAGCAAAUAAUAAACAAGAAAUCAAUACGACUAGUUAUUUACAGACAGUUGUUAACGAAGCUUCCGAAAAGGCAACUAAAAGCAUUAAAUUUCAAUUUGAAACAGAGCAAUCCAAGAAAAACCGGUCCUCAAUAGAAUUCAGAAAAAGUAUUGAUAAAAUAUAUGAACUAAUGAACAAACUAGGAAAAAUGCCUGACAAUAAACUUUGUAAAAGUAAAUUCACUGCAGUCCAAACUGGCAGAGAUUAUAUCACAAGACAUUCGAGUCCCACUGCUGAAAGUUGUUCUAACAUAAAAGACCAAACGUCCACGAUUCCAAGUAAUUUGAGCAAGGAAAAAAUUGAGAACCCAGAAAAAACUCUUAACCAGGACCUAGGUAAAUUGAAGACCUCUCAAAAAAUUCAAUCACCACCCAUUGUCGUACCAAAGAUAGUCAUAAAUUCGAAAUCACAAGCCCCUAAAGGAGACGGGGAAAAAACUAAAAAAGAUCGUAAGAAAAUAAAUCCAAGUAAAGCUGCGCCGGAACAUCCUUUGAAAGCUAUAUCUCAAAUACUACAUGAAAUCGAUAAUGCUCAAAAAAACAGGUAUAAACCAGGCACAAUUGAUAAUAAACCCAAGAAGGCUGAGGUUGUUUCUGCAGAAGGUAAAUUGGCAACUCGCCAAAGCUCUUUGAAGAAAUCAUUUGCAGAUAAUAAAACAAGUUCAGCAGCAAGAGAAAAAUGGACCAAAUCUAGUGAUCCGAAAUUGUAUCAUCAGCAACCUCCGACCGAUGAUAAACACAUGAAUCGUUCUAUAAAGAAACAAGUGGCUGAUUUGAUGGAUGAAUUUAAAGAAGCAAGAGGUGAAGCUAUACGCGGACCAAAACCAAGUGCCCGAUUAAAUUCUCUCGCACAACCGAAAAGAACAUAUGUACAAGCACAAAUUGAAGAGUUUCAGGCCAGACAUGGAAAAACCAUUAUGUCGGAUAGGCUCCUAAGGUUUACUGGAUCGCCAUCAUUAGAUACUUCCACUAAAAGCAGAUUCCGAAGGGUAGAUGCAACAGGAUCGGCUAAGUAUUCCUCUGUUUUGCCCGCGCCGCCACCUACAGAAAGAACAUCUAAAUCAAAAGCCUCUAGUAGCAGUCGUGAAAUAAGAACACCGCAGUCUUCAAAUGAAAAGUCCUUGAGACAACAUAACGUGUCUGGUACCUUAACCAAAAAAAUGGUGGCAGUAGAAUCUUACCUGAAAAAUCAUUACGGGCAUCCUACGCCUCUAGUGGACAACAAAGAACUCCUGCGAAACGGACAAAAGACGAGUGCAUCUCGUGUACCUACUGACUUCAAAUUGUCGGCUAUACCUUCACUUCUAGAAGAAAACUGCUUCCUGUUAGAUGGCAACAAGUUCCAUACGAUCGAUAACUUGACUCCAUGUCCAACUGGUUUAGGCGUAGUAACAGAAUGCAAUGAAACUACAUACGAGCAGAAUAGGGACAACAAUGACGAAUCAGAUAUAACUAAUGAUGGAUAUCUACAAAACAACCUUGAAACAACAGUUUCGCGCCAACAUAUCCCUAAUUUUGAGAAUACUUCGAAACAUGAUUUACAUUCUCCACCCGUAUAUGCGAUUGAAAAACAAUUAAAAAUCGGAAACUUUCCUAUGCCGCCUAAAGAUCAGAUGCAAAAAAUAUAUGAACUAAUAUUACAGUCUAAUAGCCCUCAAUCGUGUAGCGAUUUAGAGUACAUAGUAACAAAUACUGUUAAUAGUCCCAUUUCACAAAGUUCACAUGUGAUCAAAUCAAAAUCUGAUGUAUUUAAAGACAUGACAACAUUAGCUAGCUUAACUAAGAUCGAUUUUGGGUUUCCAACGUUUUCGAUGCCAAUUACAACUAUCGGGUAUUGUUUCCCUCAAUACCGUUCAAUACCAAGUACCUCCAGCGCGUCUGCUAUACCUGCUAUUACUUCCAACACCAAUAAUUGUGGUAUUUCGCGCAAUGGACUAUUUAAAUCUGAUAAAACUUGCCAAUGUUUUAAGGGGAAGAUCGAAGCAGUGGUUGAACAUGCAGUGCAAACUGAAUAUAAAACGAUUGCACGUAAUUCAACAGUUAAUGCUGCUUCAUACACGUCCCCGCAAUCAAAGGGACAUGACGUAUUGCAAUGCCUGCCAAAAACUGAAAUAUUUGAACUGAAAAGCGAUACUGCAGCAGGUGAAAUUAAAGAAAAUUUGAAAGUAGCAAAUGUAUCAAUAAAAACUGAAAAGGGGUGCGUCAAAAAUAAUAAUUCUGUGGACACCUUAUCUACGUCGCCCAGCAAUAAAAUGCGCGAUAUUGAAUAUACUACCUCCUUGGAUAUUCUAGUGGGCCUACUUAAUGAAAUACAGAAAAUAACCACAUGUCAAACUCAAAUAACAAAGCCUACACAUAGGUCCAAUACCAAUGUGGAUCUCAUCGAAUUUGAAAAUGUUUUAAAAAAUUCUUCAACGGUUUUAAAGGCACCAAACAAGUCCGUUCAGAAAAAAAUAUCAAUAACUGCCAUUGAGAAAUUGCGACAGUUAGACUCCAAGGGCAGCUUGUGUUCGUUCUACUUAACUAACAACUCUGAUGUAGAUUUGAUGGACAAGCUUCGUCUCAAAGAUAACAUUGCCAAGCCAUUAAGCGUUGAUAGAGAAGUGACAGUGGAACUGCUCCCGCGGAAAGAAUUAAUAAAUACGUGCACAGAAGUACCGUCACGAUUUCUCCCAAAUAGCGUGAACCAUGCCACUGAUAUUUCUCACUCAUUAAUCGGUAUCAUAAGUGAGCCGUCUACUCCAUCCAUGCUUACAUACGGUGAACACAUUUUACAUUCAAGUGCGUCUUUAACAUCGUUAAAAAAAAUAAUCGAAUUAAAACAAAACGUAAAAAACAAAGUUCAAAUAAGUAAAGCAACCCGAAGGAUUUCAAAAAAGUCUAUGGAGAAUUCUAAUUAUGCUAGCACCGGUGGAAGUGAAAAUCAAACGUCAGCAAUUUGUACGACAAAAAAAAUUACUCCCAACUCUCCUCAUUAUCAAACAGUUCAAACAGAAUUUGACCCCAUCAUGAAGAUGAAAAGAGAUUUAUUAGUGACCAUGUAUUCUGUUCUAGUGUUUACAGUCUUUGCUGCCCUGUCGUUCCCAGAAAUGUUAUACCGAUCUUGAGUAUGUUAGAAACUUAAAAAUUUUUGUAUCAUUUAUCUCAU